ACACAGAAUCUGCUGUUGGCUGUGCUCUGUGGCACUUUGUUUUUAGCUGUUCUCUGACAAAGGGCUUGAUCUGUGCAGCACAUCUCGUCCUCUUUGUUCAGCCUCUGGCUUCAACCACAGAAUCACAAAUACUCUCCAGCUGGGAGUCAGACGAGGGCAGAGAUGAAGAACCCAGAAGCCCAACAGGAUGUUUCGGUUUCCCAGGGAAUUCGCAUGAUGUUUUACGCGAUGAAACCCAAUGAAACGUCAUUUGAAACCCUGGAAGAGGUGCCUGAUUAUGUACAAAAGGCAACUCCGUUUUUCAUUUCCAUGAUGCUGCUUGAACUGGUUGUCAGCUGGAUUCACAAAGGGAAGCCAUCAGGUCCUUUGGAUGAUGCCUUAACAUCCAUAUCAGCCGGUGUUUUGUCUCGGCUUCCGAGUUGGUUUUCCAGGAGCAUUGAACUGACCAGUUACAUUUAUAUCUGGGAGAACUACAGGCUCAUCAGUUUGCCUUGGGAUUCUCCAUGGACUUGGUAUUUAACUUUCUUGGGAGUUGACUUUGGUUACUACUGGUUUCAUCGUAUGGCUCAUGAGGUUAAUAUUAUGUGGGCUGCACACCAAACACACCACAGUUCAGAAGACUAUAACUUAUCCACAGCGCUGAGACAAUCUGUCUUCCAACUGUACACUUCCUGGAUAUUCUACUCUCCACUGGCCCUCUUCAUACCACCUUCAGUCUAUGCUGUUCAUCUUCAGUUCAAUCUCCUCUACCAGUUUUGGAUCCACACAAAGGUCAUCGAUAACCUUGGUCCUUUGGAACUGAUUCUUAAUACUCCUAGCCAUCAUAGGGUUCAUCAUGGCAGAAAUCGUUAUUGCGUAGACAAAAAUUUUGCUGGAACUCUUAUUAUAUGGGAUAGAAUUUUUGGAACAUUUGAGGCAGAAAAGGAAAAAGUUGUAUAUGGUCUAACACAUCCUAUUAAUUCAUUUGAACCUUUCAAGGUGCAGUUCCACCAUUUACUUACCAUAUGGACUACAUUCUGGGCCACACCUGGAUUCUUCAAUAAGUUUUCUGUCAUAUUUAAAGGACCAGGAUGGGGUCCAGGUAAACCAAGACUUGGACUGAAUGAAGAAAUUCCAGAGGUCAAGGGGGAAGAAGUUCCCUUCUCAUCAGCAGCAUCUCGGCUAUUAAAGACAUAUGCAGUUGUACAGUUUGCUCUGAUACUAACAUUUUAUGAAGAGACCUAUACAGAUAAAGCUGUACUAUCACAGGUCACUCUCCUUCUGAGGGCUUGCUUCAUUAUCCUGACUUUGACCUCCAUUGGAUUUCUUCUGGAUCAAAGACCUAAGGCAGCUGUUCUGGAAGCUUUCCGUUGCUUGGUGUUCCUAAUGCUGUGUAGAUUGGGUCAUCUGAAGUCUUUCCUCCCUUCUUUGUCAUUUGCUUUUGAGGUUUUUUUUUCCAUCUGCAUUGCUUUCUGGGGAGUAAGAAGCAUGAAACAACUUGUCUCAGACCCUGGGAAAUGACUAAGCGUUUGUACACAACUCUCUUGUUUUAAUCAUUUGUCCACAACCAUAAUAUAUUACUACUGCCUAUGGAAGUAUAAUUAUAUUAUAUAAUGAUUAUAUGAACUAUUUCUCUAAUGUGAGGUAAAUACAUUUAUCUGCUCUUGCUUCCUUUCCGCAUUUAUUAUUCUCUAUUAAAAUUAAAGUCAGCUGCAGUUACUUUAUUGCUAGGGUUGAAAGAAGAUGAUUUCAAAUAGAAUGAUAUUACAUCCACUGGUAACAUCUAAGCCAAUGAGUAUGAGAAUAAGGGAUAACUUCAAAACAGUAAAAGGAAUUAAGAUUUUAUUAGCAUUGUUUAGACAACUUUUCAUUUGCUGUCUGCUAAAAUUGUGCUUGGAUACAUAUUUGUUGUCAUAAAAAUGUAUUACAUGAGUUGUCUGCCUAAGGCUAGGUUUACCUUUGAAAGCCAUAUAACCUAAGGAGUAACAUUACAGAAAAUGACAUCACUGAAAUGAAAAUCACCAGAAUUCGUCAGAAUUCAUUUAUUCCAUAGAUUAAUUUGUGAUACAUAUGUCUAAUAUGUUUGGUCAGUUUGUUUUGGCAAAUUGAGGAGUGUGCAGUAUUUCUGUGCUAUUUUAAAUUGUCACAAUCAUGUUAAAAGACUCUCUAAAU